CUAGCUAUGGCUGAUUUUGAACUCCUAAAACGCUAAGCUAUGGCUUUGGGCACUAUUGCUUUGAAUAGCUUAGCUAUUUGCCAUAGCUUAGCUAUCAUAUAUUUGUAUACAUCUCUACAAGACCACGAGAUUGAUUUGUUCAUGACCUGGCCCUUGCGAUUAGUAAAGUGGGCUGUCUUUGUGCGCAACGGUGCUACCUAUGGUAUCCAGCCAACUGAAUGGAACUGCUUGUACAGAGCUUCAGAAAUUGGUUCUCAGAAAUGCUCGAGGGAGUCGAGGCAGCGAACAACCUGAAGAAAUUGCAAUAGCUUGCACAGUAGCUGUCUGGAUACCUUUGACUCUGAGGCUGACCGGCCUCGAUCUGGGUCGCUCAAACUCGAAGGAUCGGUGCCAAAUAAGCCUGCGGCGCUGCUGGAAUCGCCUCGCCGGCGAGCGGCGACACAGCCGGCCGCCCGCCGCCGCCUCACACUGUCAUGAUCACACGGCUUCUGACACCACGUGCUACACCUACCCGUUGUCCACUCCAGCCCACCCACCUGAAGCUCCCCAAACUGGCCUUUACUCCUCUGUCCUCCUCCUCCUAGGGUUAGCAAGCUUGAUCUCUAGGCCUGCGCUGCGCCACUGCGCCUGCUCCGCUGACCGCACCGGUGCCGAGAUGCUAGCCGCCGCUGCGGCGGCGCGGCCGGUGCCCCUCCGACGCCCAGGCGCUCUCCUCUGCGCUCCGGUGCCCUGCAGCCUGCCCGCCUCCCGCGUCGCGGCGCCAUUCCCCCGCCGCUCAGCUUCCCUGAAGAUUUCUCAACUCCAGUUAACAGCCACACGAUUUUCAAAAGAGAAUGACUCUGGUGAGGAUGAUGAACUCCUUUCUGAACUAAGGGAAAAGUGGGAUGCCAUGGGGAACAAGUCCUCUCUUCUGUUGUAUGGUGGUGGAGCAAUCCUCGCUCUCUGGAUAUCCUUGGUCGUGGUCAGAGCUCUCGACUCUGUCCCAUUGCUCCCAGGCUUACUGGAGCUAGUCGGGCUCGGCUACUUGGGAUGGUUUGUGUACCGGUAUCUGCUCUUUCAGGAAAAUCGGAAAGAAUUGGCUAAUAACCUGGAUGAUCUAAGGAAAAGGAUUACUGGUGAUGAUGAUUAGCUGUAUCCUGGUUUGGGAUUCUAUUUCUCCGGUGAAACCUUGUAAGAUUCUAUUAUUAAUGCCAGUCGAUUUAGGAAUAUUCCAGAAAUAUUCAGAGCCCAUUGAGGUAUGGCCUUCCACGCCUUCUGUGCAAUCUGCGUUUCAGCAUGGUGUUCGUUGAAUCUUCUGAUUCCUGAGCAUGCAUCUCUACAUUUCUAGCCACCCAGAAAUUGUUGUGAUUCCCCAAUUGUAGCACCGUAGUUCUUCUCACAAAUUCUCUGUGCUGUGCUGCCCUCAUCAGAAGUUAGCCGUCGGAGCGUACAAUUGUAAGAUGUAAAAGUUAUUUCGAAUAAAACCACUUGGUCAAUCAUGCCGCACUUUAUAUUGCUA